GCAUAUCCUCCUUUCCUCUCCUUAUAAGUUGAGUGCUCAUCACACACCAUCUCCACACUACUACACUUGUCUCUGACAAAUAUAUCUAGAGAGAGAAAGCAAGAGAGAGGGAGAGAAAUGGCGAAAGUAGGGAGAAUGAAGCUAGGAUCACAAGGUCUAGAGGUGUCGAGACAGGGACUGGGGUGCAUGGGGAUGUCAGCCUUCUACGGGCCUCCAAAGCCCGAAGAAGACAUGAUCAAACUCAUCCACCACUCCAUCAACUCCGGCGUCACUUUCCUUGACACCUCCGACAUGUACGGCCCUCACACCAACGAAACCCUCCUCGGCAAGGCACUCAAGGGAGGGAUGAGAGACAAUGUUGAAUUGGCUUCGAAAUUCGGGAUCAUCUAUGCUGACGGGAAGACAGAGAUUCGAGGUGAUCCGGGAUACGUACGGGCAGCUUGUGAGGCGAGCUUGAAGAGGCUGGACAUGGAUUGCAUCGAUCUCUAUUACCAGCAUCGGAUUGACGCCCGCGUCCCCAUUGAAAUCACGAUGGGAGAACUCAAGAAACUGGUUGAAGAGGGUAAAAUAAAGUACAUUGGUCUAUCUGAGGCCUCUCCUUCAACAAUCAGAAGAGCUCACGCUGUUCAUCCAAUUACAGCAAUACAAUUGGAAUGGUCUUUCUGGACAAGAGAUGUGGAGGAAGAAAUAGUUCCUACUUGCAGAGAACUUGGCAUUGGGAUUGUCGCAUACAGUCCUUUAGGAAGAGGAUUUUUAUCAUCAGGUCCCAAGCUUGUUGAGAAAUUUGCAAAUGAAGACUUCCGAAAGCAUCUACUAAGGUUCCAGCCGGAGAAUAUGGAGCAUAACAAAAACAUGUUUGAGCGAGUUAAUGAAAUAGCAGAGAAGAAGGGGUGCACCCCAGGGCAGCUAGCAUUGGCAUGGGUUCAUCACCAAGGGAGUGACGUGUGUCCAAUUCCCAGCACCACCAAGAUUGCAAACUUGGAUCAGAACAUUGGAGCUUUGUUGGUAAAACUAACACCGGAAGAAAUGUCUGAACUUGAAUCCAUUGCAUCAGCUGAUGAAGUUAAGGGAGAUAGGCAUGGAGAGGGCCUGACUACUUGGAAGAAUUCAGACACCCCACCCUUGUCCUCAUGGACAUCUUAAGAAAUACAUCUGUCACUUUGUGUUGGUUGUUCCUUUGGAGUUGAAAAAGAACUUGGUUUUGUGAUCCUCUGUUUUUGGAGUGUGUGUAAUCUGUAUUUGGUUUUUAUGUGAGACCAUGUUAAGGGUGAUGUGAGCAGGGAAGGGACCUUCAUUUUGUCCAUCACCAUUGGAGGUAUAAAUAAAAGGGGUUAAAAUUUCUGUGGUUAA